GUUUCGUGCUACAAACCACAGAAGUAAAGUAUUACUUGAGAGAAAUUAAUUAAACACUCCCUGCUUCUGUAAGAGCGAGAAAUGGGAGACCAAGCUCCGUGUGGGAUGUUGUGCAUAAAAGUGAACAGAGUUAAACCUUACCUAGCAAUGGUCUCCCUACAGUUUGGCUAUGCAGGGAUGUACAUAAUCUCUUUGGUUUCUUUGAAACAUGGCAUGAGCCAUUUCGUUCUUGCUGUCUACCGUCACGUUGUUGCCACACUUGUCAUGGCGCCCUUCGCCCUUGUGCUCGAAAGGAAAAUAAGGCCAAAGCUCACACUCUCGGUGUUCUGGAGGAUACUGAUUCUUGGUUUCCUCGAGCCAGUGCUUGACCAGAACCUGUACUACCUGGGGAUGAAGUACACCUCCGCAACUUUUGCAUCUGCCACGGUCAACGUCCUUCCUGCCAUUACCUUCAUUAUGGCAAUUAUCUUCAGGUUAGAGACCGUGAAUGCGAAGAAGUUACACAGUCUAGCCAAGGUGAUCGGAACAGUAAUCACAGUCUCAGGAGCUAUGGUGAUGACUUUGUACAAAGGUCCACUCAUCGAUUUUAUAAGGUCUGGUGGAGGUAGCCACCACCAGGGAACCACCACUGACUCCUCUGAUAAGCAUUGGCUCCUGGGGACACUAAUGCUACUAGGCAGCUGCACUGGCUGGUCAGCCUUCUUCAUACUACAAUCAUUUACGUUGAAGAUGUACCCGGCAGAGCUCUCUCUUUCAAGUUUGAUAUGUUUAAUGGGCGUGGUGGAAGGUGCAGCCGUGUCAUUCAUUAUGGAACGCGACAUGAGCAUCUGGAGAAUUGGGUUCGACUCAAGACUCCUCGCUGCUGCUUACUCAGGAAUAGUGUGCUCCGGAAUUGCAUAUUAUGUGCAAGGUGUUGUGAUUAGAGAACGAGGGCCCGUAUUUGUGACAUCUUUCAGCCCUCUAUGCAUGAUCAUUACCGCCUCUUUAGGAGCUGUAGUGCUGGCUGAGCAAGUCCACCUUGGAAGCAUAUUUGGAGCCAUUCUCAUUGUGUUUGGACUUUACACUGUGGUUUGGGGCAAAAGCAAAGAUGGUCGACUUAGCUCAGCACCAUCCUUGGCCCUUGAGAAAAGCGGUGCCCAGGAAUUGCCGAUUACAAACGGAGAUAGAUCAAUCAAAUUUGAUGGUAAUGACAGCAUCGAUGGGGCUGAUGGAGUUGUCAGCUUGAAGAUUCAAGCUAAGAGUCCCAUUACUCAAGGAACUUGAAAAUAAGUCCUGAAAAUUUUGGAAGUUUUCAGCUGAAUUUGUGCACCACGAAUUCUUAAAAUUAAUGUAUUAUUCAUAUUCCUAAGCCCUCUGUUUGUCUCUCUCCAACUGGGACUACCCAGUUUUUUAAUUUGAGCUCACAUUUUAAUGUGAGAAACCAAAUUAUUAUUAAUCAUAUAUAUCUAUGUUCUUAUUACUA